CCUUUUUUAAUUUUGAAUUUUCCCUCUGACGCUUUAUAAUUGAAAGCAUGUCAUUAUUUUUAUAGAUCUGUUUUAUUUUUGUUAUAUUUUUAUUAAUAUUCAGACUUCAUUCUCUAUAUUCUUUGAUGUCUUUGUUUUAAAUUGCUCAAAUUGAAUUUGUGUUUAAAAACUCCACAUAAUAUUGUUGCGAAAUAAGUAUCAAUGUAAUUUGUAAUAAUUCUGUUGUAACAUCAGCCAGAGAUUUUCAUUCAAUACAUUGGCUGCACAUCAAAUAUUAUCUUUAUCAUAAGGCUCCUUAUCGGAUGUUGUUACCUAGAAAAAAAGAUACAAGAUUCCGCAAAUUCCACAAAGUAACAAACAUUAAAUAUUACGAGAGGGCUUCGAGGCUUAUUGAAAUAUUUAAUCCAAUAAUAAACAUUUGUAGCAUCGGUUUAGCAUUUCUGAGACUCUCUUUGCCUACAGUUAAAAUUCCCUGAAAUAUUUAAUAUUAUCAUCGUUGUUGCUUAAUGAAAAGGCAAUAUUCGAGAAUGAUUUGCUGUCGUUGCCAACGUUCCCUACGUAACACGGGUGAAGGCAUUAAAUGCGCUGACUGCGAUGCCAAAUACCACGUGGCAUGUGCUAGUGAUGCGACCAAAGAACUGCGAGAAGCAGGAGACAGGGGAUAUCAGUGGCGAUGCGCGGUCUGUCUCAAGUCCGCUUCUAGACACACCGACCCUUCGAAAGACAAUUUACACUUAAUAACUAUGAUUAAUGCAAUAAGCGAAAAGUUUGAAUUGGUUAACAAGAUCCAACUGCCGAAACUGCAUAGCGAUUUAGUUUACAUCAAAGCUGCUGUCGAGCGUCUCGCUGUGCAACACGAUGAUAUUCUGCAUAAAAUCGAUGAGUUAGGAGUAAAAGUGGACGCGUAUGACAAAUGGCCAAUCACGCCUAACGGCUAUCGCCGCCGGAAUCUUCACUUAGCCCCGAGACCUAACAGAUCACUGGAGGGGAAUGAACAUAACACGACGUUACAAAGUGCCGAGAAGUCGGUUCGUUUCCGCACACGUCGGCGAUCAUAUUUACUUCACAAGAUGCUUCGUUUGUUAAAUAAUAGGACACAAGCGCACCGCAGAAAUUGAUAAAUGUGUUGACUGAAUAAAAUCUACAUAAAGAA